AUGACAAGGAAGAGGGAUGCUGUGCUCCAUCCAAGCCGAGCCGGCUGCGCGGUUUUACGCGCGGUGGCACAACUACGGCCAUCUAAAAAGAUGCCAAGCCUUCCUGCGGUUAUCCUGAUUGUGCCAGUGAUGCUGUUAGCCUCGGUCAAGCCAGCAUCAGCUCAUCCUCAAUGCCUGGACUUCAAGCCACCUUUUAAACCUCCAUGGCACCUGGAGUUUUGCAAUCAGUAUGAGCAGUUUGGAUGCUGCGACCAGGGAACUGACAACAUGAUCGCGGAGAGGUACUGGGACAUCAUUGAACAGCUGGAAGCGGCAGGUCAUGAGCUCUGUACCGACAUGCUGAAGGAAAUUAUGUGCCAGGAAUGCUCUCCAUAUGCUGCCCACCUCUACGAUGCUGAGGACCCCUACACACCUGUGAGAGAAAUUCCUGGUCUUUGCUUUGACUACUGCUCUGAGUUUCAUUCCAAAUGUCGCCACGUGCUUAAAUAUUUAACAGUCAACCAGCUGUUGCUGUACGCCGCAGAGCGCGACGUAACCACGUUCUGCAGCAUGGUAGACCUGCCUGACCAAGACUACUGCUACCCUAAUGUUUUGAAAAGCUCUGACCUUAAUAGUAACCUGGGACAGGUGGUAGAGGACCCAAGAGGUUGUCUCCAGUUGUGCCUGACUGAAGUGGCCAACAAUCUCAGGAACCCAGUGCUGAUGCUGCACAGUGGAGAUGACACACACCGAAUGUUUAUUGCAGAACAGAUGGGCUUUGUUUGGGUUUACCUACGUGACGGCAGCCGGCUGGAGCAGCCUUUCCUGGAUAUGAGCGGGGAGGUGAUGACCACUCCAUGGCUGGGGGAUGAGAGAGGAUUCCUAGGAAUGGCUUUCCACCCAAAGUACCGGGAUAAUGGACGCUUCUUUAUUUACUAUUCCAUCCAGGUCAGCAGUGAACUGGAAAAAAUCAGGAUCAGUGAGAUGAAGGUGUCUGCUUAUGACAUGAACGUGGCUGAUCCCUACUCAGAGAGGUUCAUUUUAGAGAUCGUGGAGCCAGCCGCAAACCACAACGGAGGCCAGCUGCUUUUUGGUGUUGACGGUUAUUUGUACAUCUUCACUGGAGACGGUGGAAAAGCUGGGGAUCCAUUUGGGAAGUACGGCAACGCACAAAACAAAAGUGCUCUUUUGGGAAAAGUGCUUCGCAUUGAUGUGGAUGGAAAUGACCCCAGUGGCAUGCCAUACAGGAUGCCCCCUGACAACCCAUUCCUCAGGGACCCAGGUGCCCGGCCAGAGGUGUUUGCUUAUGGGGUACGAAACAUGUGGCGAUGCUCCGUGGACCGUGGAGACCCGAUGAGCGGCUACGGCAGAGGUCGGAUAUUCUGCGGGGAUGUUGGUCAAAACCGCUACGAGGAGAUUGACAUUAUUAUCAAAGGAGGAAACUAUGGAUGGAGGGCCAAAGAGGGCUUCGAGUGCUACGACAUGAAAUUGUGCCAAAACUCCUCCCUGAAUGACAUCCUCCCUAUAUUUGCAUACAGCCAUCAUGUUGGGAAGUCUGUGACAGGGGGGUAUGUGUACAGAGGAUGUGAAUCACCCAAUCUGAAUGGCUUGUACAUUUUCGGAGACUUCAUGAGUGGUCGAAUUAUGGCAUUAGAGGAAGACAGGACAACAGGAAACUGGAAAGAGAGGAGUGUGUGUAUGGGUGAUACGCAGACUUGCUCUUUUCCCGGACUCAUCAAUCAACACCACAAGUUCAUCAUCUCAUUUGCUGAAGAUGAAGCAGGGGAGCUGUAUUUCCUGGCUACGUCAUACCCGAGUGCCAUGUCUGCUUUUGGAACUGUGUUUAAAUUCAUGGACCCCUCCAGGAGAGCACCUCCUGGGAAAUGUAAGCAAAAGCCACUCCCUGUCAAAGUGAGGGGAAAAAAGUUUCCAUUUGUGCCAAAGGAAUUGACUGUACUGGGCACAAAUGAAAAACCUACCAGACCACCGCCAAGAAAAUUCAAACUCCCCACCAAACCGCCAGUGAGGAGCAGCCAGAUCAAACCUACGACAACUGCAGCAGGCAACUCAACGACGGGCACCGCUGUAAAGGUCAAACCGAAAUCAUCAGACAAAGACACAAAGAAGAAAAAUAUGCUGAAACCAUGGAAAAAAGACAAAAUGCUGAACAAGAAAAAAGCCAGCAUACAAGCGAAGAAGAAUACUUUGAAGCAGGAAUCUAAGAAGACGACUGUCAGCGUCAAAGAUAAAGUAAAACCAAAGACAAAUCAAACUGCCACAGAGACUUUAAACACUUCAAACGCCCACAAUGGCCUGAAAGAUAACAAAAUCCACACAAAGAGGAAGAUCCCCCAGAGGAAAGCUGCGCAGAAGCAAAGUGGACCAAAGAUGAAGAUUAAGGAAUCUACAAAAGAGUAUCCUGCCUUUGUGAACAAAACUAAGGCAAACUUCAACGUAAAAAGCAACAGAACACUGACAAGACAGCUUAAGGUGAAGAGCAAACAAACAUGAGUCUGAUUAUAGCUUAAUCAGAUUUUGUCUUCAUGAAAUGAUAGUGUUGACUGGCACAUCUUAAAGCAAUAGUUCUACUCUUAUUUUCAGCUAUGGGAAGACUUAUUCCACUCCCAUGUAUGCACAGAGACAGCAGCUUAGUGCAAAGGCUAACGACAGAGGCAAGCUCCUGAAGACUGGCUCUAAUAGAGAAUCAAUUCACCAGCACUUCUAAAGAUUGCUAAUUAUUAUUUCACCUUUAUUGUUGACACUGAAGUCUCCAAUUCCAGAUAUCAGCAGCCUCUGCCAAAAUGCUGAACAAUUCCUUUAAAGCAGUGUUUCUCAUAUUGGUUACCAGUAGAAAGUACAGCAGUGGCUACUUGAGAUUUUUAUAUUCAUUUAAAUACCAGUUAUGCAUAUCUCUGAAAAUAAACUUCAAUAAACUACAUUUCAUAUUCAGCAUUCUUGUUUUCAGUGCAGUCGUUUUAGCUGUUGUAACUGUUGAAAGCAUCAUUGAAGGAGAAAGUAACACAUAAUGACCAGGAUGCCAGUUUCAAAAUAUGUCAAAAGAAAAAUGGAUUCAUUCUUCCUCUAGGACUUUCUUUUCUUCUGCAGCUUCAUAAAUUAGACUUUAAAGUCACAAGUGGAAAACAUUUAACCUUCCCAGCACCCCAAGGAGAAACUCCAGAAAAACCGAAGAGCUUCAUAUCAGACUUUACAGGUCUCGGUUAGCAUGUUAAAUGUUAAAAUUCAUGGCGAAUUUACAAAAGGGAGGCUGAAAAAAAUCAAAGAAUCAAGGUGAAGCGCAGACUUCAGCCAGAUUGAAAUGCUGUGGUGGGAUCUUAAGAGAGCUGUCCUGUCCACAAUCCUCGUGGAACUGAACACUGUAAUAAGGCAGAGCUAAAAUCCCUCCACAACAAUGUGAAAGACUGAUAAAGUCACACAGAAAACAAAUACUUAAAGGUAUGGUAAAAAGAAGACAUUUUUUUUAUAAUAUCCUGACACCUAAAUCCUGAAAACUGACCAAGGUUGUUCUUUCUUUUUACCAUGGGUGCAUAUUUUUUCUUUUCUACCAACACAUUUAUCACUGCUCAGGGAUGUGCAUGCAAUUAUGCAUGUAACGACAUUGUUUCCUUUAUAUUUUAUAUUUAGCUGCCAUAAAAUCAUUGUUCCAAGUUAAACUCUCCCCUGUCUGUAUUUAGAACAUAUCAGCUUAGUCUAAAAUCUAAAGAGACAGCAAACAUAAAACACAACUUCUAUUUAUACCCAGGCCCAGUUUCUGAAAUUACUCUAAUUUUACAACACAUGGAAGUGUUAAAAAUAAACAUUAACAAGUAUCCUUGACUCUCAGAAGCUCUCUGUAAUUAAACUCUGCACCACUGAUCUUAACUGAAACCGCCGUGACCAUGACUUGUAUAAUGUGUGCUGUAAACGUAAAGCCGCCCCGACUUCCACAUGCAGUUGUGCAGCCUGAGGUUACAAAAGUCUCACAGUCCGGCAUUUCCUUGGCUUCCGGACUUGAUGCCUGUGUCGUAAAAUAUUUUAUAAUUUCUAUAAAGUGGCUGAAAUUGGUGUAUUGUUUUGAUUUUUGGUGAAAGAAAGGUCAUUCAAGGCUGCAAUAAGCUUCACAUAAGAAGAUGAAACAUUAAAAAAAUCAUAGGCGUCACAGCUAUAGCUCAAUAUAAUCUUACCCUAGUCAUCUGUUUAAAAGCCCCUAAUAGCAAUGUAAUUGUAGUGAUUUUGUCCGUUUCAGCUCACACUUGCUCAUCACGAUCUACAAAUCAAGUUCUCGUGAAACAGGACAAUAUUUCACAAAGACAAAUCACAAAAACUGGGUCAUAGAGUCGAGCAUGGUUGAAAAACCGUAUGGUGCUUCACAAAUCGACAGUAAGCUCAUCAUCCACAAGUGUCUGCUUUAUACUUCUGAUAUGACGUGAGCAUGCCCAGUCAUGACAACAAUCCUGCAGCAAUACAAUGCUUGAUAACAGGCAUACAGUAUUUUGUAAUAUGACAUAAACCUACCAUGCGAAGUCAUCAUAUACAGCUCACAUUACACUCAAUCUUCGUAUAUAGCCCCACAACACACUAUCACAGGACAUCAUGACAUCUAUAUAUGAUGUCAUGAUGGAAUACAAUUGUACCUGAUCCUAAUCUGAUCCAGGCCAGAUUAUUCUUAAAAUAAUCUACAUACAAUUUGCGAUGAACACCACCAUCAGACAUAUGUGGAACAUGUGGAGCACUUAACGAUUGGUAUGUCUGAUGUUUUCAUCAUCAUUAUGUUAAAUAAAAUCAACCAUAGAAACAACUGAACAAGUAAGGCUUGUUAGGAAGGGUUGACGAUAGAAAGCCUCUUCCCUCUAACAUGGCAGCACAGUUUAGGUGGAAACUCAAAAUGAUUUGGGCAACUUGUGUUAACUGAGUCGACUUUAAACUCCUCCUGUACCAAAGUGUUCAAGAGUCAGACGUAAGGCCAUCUGUCCAAAAGCUAAAGCUUAGCUGAAAUUGGGUACCGUGACUUUAAGCACUCCACAUUAAAGGUUCCAUAUUAAAUUGCACUGAUUUGGGAAAGAAGUAAUUUAAAGUGAUGCCGGAUUUAAAUGUGUAGGUAAGUCUACUAUAUGUUGCUUAAAACCACAGAUUCCUUACAAAUUACAGACUCAUGUAACUAUGUUCCAAGUUCAAGCAGCUGGGUGGUGCAACACAAAUCUGCUUUUUAGCUUCAACACAAACACACACAUGUUCCUUAAAAAAAGACCUUUUGUGCCGGCGAAGGGGCCAUGCAGACAUUUGGAAGUGACUCAUCCUAUUGUGCAUCAACCUGUAUUAACUCUGUAAUUAUUAGCUGGAGGGUUUUUAAGUAGAGGGAUCACCCUUUGACGUAUGGUGACACACAAAUGAUGGCUUUCUUCACCCUUUUAGAGACGGGUUUUUGCAGGUUUCAGUGUUUUGUCUAUUUGUUUGAAUUCCUUAGAGUGAGGCUUACAUGCAACGAGCUGCCCGAUCCUAAAUUAAGUACAGCAAAAAACACAAACAACAUUUAGUGUAUUAGGCGAAUGAGGUGAAAUUUAUUUAAUAACCUACCAUGAAUUUAUUUAAAUUAAACAGUUAUGCCUCUUAAUUCUUUAGCCUGUGUCCAUGAAAUGGGUGCUAACAUCCUGUAGUGCCUUUUAGUUAUUUAUGAAUCUAUUUAAACAGCUAAAAAUGUCAUCAGUGCAUUGAAAAGUGGUGGAACUGCAAUAGUAAAUAACCAAAGCCCCGGUUUCUUUUGCAACCUGUGGACGUGUAGUCACAAGGUAAAUGGUAAAAUGGUAAAUGGCCUGUAUUUAUAUAGCGCCUUUACUAGUCCCUAAGGACCCCAAAGCGCUUCACAUAUCCAGUCAUUCACCCAUUCACACACUGGUGAUGGCAAGCUACACAGUAGCCACAGCUGCCCUGGGGCGCACUGACAGAGGCGAGGCUGCCGGACACUGGCGCCACCGGGCCCUCUGACCACCACCAGUAGGCAACGGGUGAAGUGUCUUGCCCAAGGACACAACGACCGAGACUGUCCGAGUCGGGGCUCGAACCGGCAACCUUCCGAUUACAAGGCGA